AAAUUUGAAAAUCAUGAUGCGUAGAUUUAUGUCUGCUUUUACACGAUCGGACAGAGAAGAAACUAAAUCGGUACUGGAAGGUUCUGAGUCAGAGAAUUAUCAAAAGUACAUGAGUAUUAACAGUGACUCAUCUGCAUCAUGUAGUUCUUCUGAAGAGUCCGCGACAGUCACCUGUCCAACCUGCAGAGGGAUUGGAAGGAUUCCGAGAGGCCAAGAAAAGGAGUUGGUAGCUCUGAUUCCAUACAGUGACCAGAGGCUACAACCACGGAGAACGAAGUUAUACGUGACUCUGGCUGUCUGUGGAUGUCUGCUGAUCUUCUUCCUUGUUGUAUUUUUCCUGUACCCACGUUCUAUUACUCUGGAUCAUGCAGGGGUGAAUUCCUCACUUGUUAUCCAGGAUGCUUCCAUUUCAGCUGUGAACUUUGUAACCACAAAUAAAUUGAAUAUAAGUAAUAGCAACCUGUUUGGGAUAAAACUUCUGAGCCUUAAUGUUGAGGUUCUACACAUGUCUGUUGUAGUCGGAACGCUCAGCCUUAAAGAAGUUAAAACGGUUGGUCCACUGGUAAAUGACCAGAUAUUUUAUACCGUGAAGAGUACAAUCCAGGACCCAAACACAUUUAAGGUCUGUACCUGGGAACAGAUCAAAGUUCACAACAUUUUGCUUCAUGUACAGGGUUCGCUGGACUGCUCGUACCUUGGCCAUAUGGAACAGAUACCAUUUAGUGGAUAUGAGUACCUAGACUGUAAAAGCAACGCCACAAUUCCCCACUGAUUUUCUUCUAUUGCACCAAGCUAAAA